UAGUCUAACUUUUGGCGAUUGUCCACUUUUUCCAACCACUCCACUAGUUUUUUGCAUAUUUUCAGGCGUUAAUCCCCAAUCACAGGUAAUCACGUGUACAAAAGGAUUCCCACCAGUCCAGGUGUAGUUGAAUAAACUGCUGGCAAAAUCAGGAUGGUCAUCCAACGGGUUUGGCGUUCAUCUCCCUCAACAUCGGGCAGUAAUACUUUUGCAAACAAUAACAACAACAACAAUUGCGUCAGCACCCACGCAGCAACAAGUUCCUCUGAAUUAGUGGUACCAAGUGUGGUGGUGGGCACAUCUGAGUCGGAAUGUAACAGCUCAGCAAAUCUCCAACAAAGUGGAAACAACGGGGCUGGUGGCGGAAAACAGCAGCGACCAAAAUUAAGUGGCGAUGCCAUGUUGGAAGUUCUGAAAAUGCGCUAUUCUGGCCGUUCAUACGCGAGUCAAUCAUCCAACGAUGCUGCACUGAAAUCAUUGGAAUUGCUUCGGUCUAACAUCCAGUAUCUAUUUGACAAAGAAAUGGAUGUCGUUAUCAAAAAGUUCAGCUCGUUGUUUUUUGUUCCUGCCAUCAAGAACAUCAAGGAAAAUUUAGGAGAGAAUGCAAUCUCUGAAGAGACACUUAAAACUAUCUACUGCUCGUUACUGGAAGCCAGUAAAGCUCAAUACGUUAGGCAAAUAUCAUCGCCAGCAGAGACCUCCCUAUCAAGAGCGAAUACACCAGGAAUGGAGCUGAGUGAUUCCGAUUCCAGCACCGACAAUACAGUCCCAUCCGGAACGACAAGCCUUCUUCAGCAGGCUCUAAAAAGAAAACUACCAGAGCCAAAUCAACCAGAUACAUUUAAGCGUCAAUACUUCCUACAAGGUUCUGUCUACUCUCAAAAUCAACACUCAAUUCUUCAGUCCCUAGGAAACGUACAAGGAUCCCUUCCGUAUCAGAUCAGACCGUCGGUAUUGAAUCCCACCGUUUACACGACAACUAUCAGUCCGGAAACAUUAUUUAUUCUGGAUUUCAAAGCAGGCCGAGCUUUGGGAGUGGCAGACUUCCGUGACCGAUUAGCGAACAAGCACCCGGAGAUCUUACGAUACUGUCCGGACAAUCAGGACCGCGAAUGGCUACUGCAGCAGAAACAGAUUUCCCCUCUAAACCGUAACGGUCGCUUCUUUCUGCUCGUUUUGGACGAAGUCAAGAAACUGGCCGAACGAAACGCAGAAUAUUCCAACAACCCCUACUUGAAGCUAACCGAUUUGCAAGGUUUCAAACUAACCGAAUCCGUCUAUGCCAAGGUGCAGAAAUUGAUCAAAGACAGUGCGGAAUCGACGAUCAAACCGAUCGCACAAGUUUCAACACCGCCGGCCCCGAUCCCAAUCAUCAUUCCGCCAAGGCCACGUGUAUCAUCUUUAAGUUCCUCGCAUGCCACACUGACGGCACUGCUGGCAUCGCCGCAAUCAAGUGCUGGUUCAACGAUGCCGGAAAUUGUAACCACGGCAAGUUCUGCAGGGACGAACGUCAUCGGACUGGACACAUCAGCUGGUGCCAGUGGAGAAACGAAGACUUGAAUCAACAUAACUUGAAAGUUCACUAUUUUUUAACGAUACCAUGAAGUUACUGGAUAGUGGUAGAAAUGUUCGAUAUGUACAUAUCAGGGUGUAAAAACGAUUUAUCAAACGCUGUUAAUAGUUAAGUAUUUAAAAAGUGAUAGUCGGUACCGACGGAGCCGCGUUUAAGCUGAGUGUUUGAGUUUAUGUCUAUACUUCUUGUAUGUGUGCUGUCUGUACUGUGCUUUAUAUGUAUUAAAUGAU